CGAACCAUUUUAAUCGCGCCAACGAACCGCAUGCGAUCGGGUAUACACGUGAGACAAAUGGGUCGCAAACGAUUAGUAUGUAUAAUGUUACGGUACGAAACGAAAAGAGAUGGUAUCGAAACGAUGACGUUGUAUCAUUCUCGAUUGAGGUUAUGUUGACGCGACGAGAGUUUUAUUCGGCAACAAUGGGACGACAGUCGUUGUUUAUCGACGGCACACGUACCAUUCUUGAUCCUGAUUCAACUUUUAUGGUACGAUCUCUUCAGCGCUUGUACUCUCGGUCGGAAAAACGUACGACACAACGGAAGUGCAACUUCGCCAACAGAACCGCCGCCAUGGUUUUCGCCCGUUUGCUCUGCGAAUCUGCGAUGCAAUUUGUACCGCUCGCGAUUAUAGAUUGCAUUCGUCUGUGUGCGUGUAUAUCGUCAGCUGACGCAACAAUUUCGAAUUCUCUGGUUUUUCUUUCCAAACUAUGGCAAGAAUUUUAUUAAAAGUUUAAACGAAGAAAAAAAACACGUCGCAAAUGGUGUACGGUUUGUUCACUGAAAAAGUAGCGUUCUAUAGCGGUGACCGGUGGCGAUCAUUGACCGUAUAAUUCUGACUAAUUGGUAAAAAUUGAAAUUGUAUGCAGCGAUCGUUGAUCGAAUACAUCAAUAUUAAGAUGUCCACACCGCAGAUCGCGUAUCAUGCGAAUAUUUUAUGCAAAGUUCCAGAUGCUCGAUUUUACGCAAUAAACGUAUAAAAUUUGCAAUGCAAAUAUAAGCUGGAUUUAGGUCAUUUUUACCUGUCGAGUUCCCACCGGAUAAAGUUAAGCACACGAUGAUACUCUACUUUCGAUCAAUUCGAUAGCAACGUUCUUCCACCGGAACCCCGACGACAGCUUUCUCAGACUAGAAUACGAAAAUCUCGUGAACGGUGGAUCCCGGAACAAGUUUGUCGUUAUUUGGAAGCUACCAAACAGAAGCGAAUUCCUCGGCAGAGGUUUCUUCAACGGCGUGCCUCUCCUACACGUGUAUCAACAUCGCGGUCCCCUCCUCUUUCACAAAACCAUCGCUACCCGAAGAUCGUCUUCUCGAGUAAAAGCCGCGUGCUAACCGAGCGUGGGCACAGACAGCAUCAUGAGCUUGGCAACGCUAGUACUCCUAUUGGCGAGCACAUCGAUAACCCUGACGAGAUCUCAAGAGACCGAGAUCUCGGCGAAGGGUCUGGACAUGACGCAGCCUCCGAUCAAGCUGGACAAGAAUCUUCGUCGAGCCCUGUUGAAGGCUCUGACCGAUUUGGAAGCGGAAUCCGCGGAGCAGCAUAAAGGCGAGCAGGGGCCGGCUGGCCAGGUCGAGGCCGACUUCGAUGGCGUGACCGACCCGAAGAAAAGCCUGAACGCGGAUCUCGGCGUGCGCGGGCUCGGGUCGAUGUUCUCGUUCCAGAGCUUCCCUCGGGACGAGGAGAUCCCGCCGGAGGACAAGCUGCAGAACUCGAGCUUCUUGGAGUCCGUUCGUUACGUGACGCUGAAGACGCCCGCGAUGCACAUCGAGAAGGCGACGCAGGAGGAAUCCAGGAGCUUUCACGUGCAGAACGUAAUCUUCCCCGAGAAAAGUGUCACGUUCGGUACGAAAAUAGAGCCGAAGGCGGAGCAGGAAGAGAAGAAGAGUCCUCCGAGGCCGGCCAAUACUUUCUCCGUGAGCAGAGUGGAAAGCCUGACGUUGAAGCCGGCCACGGAAGUCGCGGAAAGCCUUGCCGGAAGUGCGACGACCGGUAUCGCGACGGCGAACGCGUUGGUCGCGCAAAGAUUGGCCGAGCCCACGCCCUCGCCCUCGACCGCGGCCACGGGCAACAACGCCACCGCGUCCAGCGACGCGAAGGACAAGACCGAGGAAGUGAAGAUCUUCCAGGCGCCGCUCGUCGCGGCGUUCACCGUGCAGCAAGACGAGCAAGGCAUUCCGAAAAGCGUGGUGCCGAUCUUCAGGUCCCCGAACGACGGUCAAGCUUUGACGCUGCAGGAGCAAUUGGAGUUCAAGCAGCAACUUCUGGAGAGGCAGCUGGCGGAGCUGCAGCAGCAGCAGAUCCAGCAGACGCAGUUCCUGGUGAGGCAACAACAUCUGUACGAGCAGCAGCUCAGGCAGAAGCAGGAGCAACAGUAUUACCAUCAGGAGCAGGCUAGGAUCAAGCAGUUGGAGGAGCAGGCCAAGAUCAAGCGGCUCGAGGAGCAGAGGAUCAAGCAGCUGGAGGAGCAAAGGCUGCACAGGUUCCAGCUCCAACGUCCCGUUCCGCAGAAGCAGUUCUUCUUCGAGCAGAGCAACAACCUGUUGACCUUCCAACCUCCCGUCGACCCGAACGUUCAUCUGCAACCCAGCGUGGCCUUGGAAGUGCCCAGCGUCGCGACGCCCCCGCCUUUCCAAUCGAACGUUCUCGAUCAGCUGCGGUUCCAGCAGUACCGCCAGCAACAACCUCCGCAAUCCCAGCAUUUCCAGCAGCCCCAGCAGUUGCAACAGCUGCAGCAGCCCCAGCAGGUGCAAACGCUGCAGCAGACGCGGCACUUGCAGCAAACGCAGCAACCGCAGCAGCAACAGCAUCAGCAGAGAUUGCAGCAGAGCUUCUCCGGUUUCGCCGACUUCCAAUCUUCGUUGCCUCCCACGACGAGAUUCAAUAGACAGGAGGCGUUCAACGCCGUUGGCAACUUCGGCUUCAACGGGGACCACAAAACCACGGCCAGCAGAAACAACUUCGGGUUCGGUGUGCCCCAGAGGAGUCCCGUGAACUACUACAAUCCUUACGUUCAGUACAGACAAGCGAAACCAGCGACGCCGGCCAAGCAGAUACAACAUCUUCUGUAUCAAUCCGGGAUCGCCAGCGAUCUGGGCAGCGUGCAAGGUACCGGGAACCACGAGGAUCUCAACAUCGUUUCCAAAGUGCUCGCCUUGAACGUGGGCCACAUUCCGAACAAGGGUCUUCAGUUCAAAGCGAAUCAAGCAACCUCGUUCGGGAAAGCAUCCGCGUGAAGAAAGAAGCGGGACCGGAGUUAGACGAGUCAUGUAAAUCGCUGCAGGACGAUAUUAGUCAGGUGAAAUCGAGCUCUCACUUUUUCCUCCUUCGCUCCUUUAUUCGGUUUCCCCGUCUCGAGCUCGCCGGGUCCUUCAAACGGGCACGCGCGUGGAAAUCAUGACACAAGCGCCGAUGGAUAACGCUCGGAGCCCCGUUUUAACUCGUAUUUAUUACGUAUUUCGCGAUCGACGCCCGUAAAUCUACGAUCUCGAAUCCCGAUUAGACGUAAUCAACGAUUAGACGAUCGUCCGCCGAAGUUUCUAUUGUUUCGACGGAAACGGGGAACGUGUUUUCGUGUAAUUUUCAUCGUCGUUGUUCCUCGACGUCUUGCACCAUUCGUAGAAGCAUCGCAAGAACAUCGCGAAUCUUACGCAAACGUUAUCGACCGAUCGAACCGAUCAGACUAUAGAUAUUUAUGUAAAAUAACAAUGUUCUGCUUCGAUCGGGAAUUCGAUGGAACCUCUAUCUUGGUAAUCUUCAAAUUUGUCUCGUGCAUAACAUUUGCACGCGGUUAGAUGCGUCCGAUGAUAGUAAAAUUACGAAAGAACGCUGCUCGCGAAAUAUUCCCGGCAAAACGACGCAUAGUCGGCGAAACGACUCGAUCGCCAAUCGAAGCCGUGAAAGGAACGUCUGGUUUCUUUCAAUUAGUAAUUCAAUCGCCGGAUCUAUUGUAAGAGAUCCGAAUCCGUAAUCGCGAUCGCGGAGACUUAAACGGCCGCCCGUUGCACCCGGGCGACUCGACGCGAUACGCGUGGAACUUCUAAAUCAGCAUCGGCGAACAAUUCCAGGUGAAAUCGAGACAGAGUUAUCGCGUAGCUCUCGUCGGGCAAAAUUGGCGUUCCAUCGCGCGUGGGAUCGAGACAAUUCCCGAAGAAAAACCGCUUUCCACGUACGCCUCGUAAUAAGGAAGUCCUUAAGAGGUCAUAAUAACAUUAAUUACGAUCCGGAGCACUUCGAGCCUGAAUUCGCUAUUCGUACCAUCCUCGAUUGUCUUAUUACGCAACCAUGAGUGAUAUUGCAAAACAGAGUCUCUCCGCAUAACGAUCCUCCUUUCCUAAUUUCAAUUUCACUCUUUCCAUCGUUUCACGCGUGCUGCGCCGGUUCCGAAGAUGUUCGGAGAAAACUAGUUUGCGAUAGAGGCCAGGUACCAAACGAGCCGAAAUAAUCUGAAAGCAGAGCACUUUGGUCAAUAUUCGAGCUCCGGGCGUUGAAAAUUGUUCGUUCGUAGUACUUAAUAGCGUAAUCUUUAAUUUCCUAACGAAUGGGGACAGCAAUUUAACCCUUUGCAGUCGAAGCUGUUUGAAUUCGAAAUCCAAAACAUGAUUUCUGAUCUACAGUAUUUC